CUCUUAUUUUUCCUCACUUUUGGCCUCCAAGUCCAAACUACCGUUCCUAAAGCAUAUCUGCCAAGUUCCAAAAGCACAAAGUCACACUGAAAAAAAGUCAAGAACGAUCCAAACAAAUGGCCCCGCUGGAGAAACAAGAUGAUCAGGCUAAUAUCCAGCUCCUUGAUGCCUGGGACUUCAAAGGCCGUCCCGCCCUCAGAUCCUCUACCGGUGGCUGGACCAGUGCCGCCAUGAUUCUAGGGGUGGAGGCAUGUGAGAGAUUGACGACGCUUGGUAUCGCCGUUAACCUGGUGACGUACUUGACAAACUCUAUGCAUCUGGGGAAUGCUACCUCCGCCAACGCUGUCACGAAUUUCCUCGGCACCUCUUUCAUGCUCUGUUUGCUUGGGGGCUUCGUCGCCGACACUUACCUCGGCAGGUAUCUAACCAUUGCUAUAUUUGCCGCCGUUCAAGCAACUGGUGUGACAAUCCUAACCAUCUCCACCGCAAUCCCAACCCUCCGACCACCCAAAUGCACCGCCGCCAGCCCCCACUGCGUGCCCGCCACCGCCGCCCAACUACUGGCCCUGUACACCGCCCUCUACCUCACCGCACUCGGCACCGGCGGCCUCAAAUCCAGCGUCUCCGGCCUCGGCUCCGACCAAUUCGACGACGCAGACAAGCGAGAGCGGCGCCAGAUGACCAGGUUCUUCAACUGGUUCUUCUUCUUCAUCAGCAUCGGCUCGCUCGGCGCCGUCACGAUCCUCGUGUACAUUCAGGAUAACUUGGGGAGGCCGUGGGGGUACGGCAUCUGUGCGUGCGCCAUCGCGAUUGGCCUGGUCGUAUUCUUAUCCGGUACGAAGCGGUACAGGUUUAAGAAGCUUGUGGGGAGCCCGUUGACUCAGAUCACGGUGGUGUUUGUCGCUGCGUGGAGGAAUAGGCGGGCGGAGCUGCCGGAGGAUUCGUCGUUGCUUUUUGACGGUCGAGAGUAUGGGGAGAAGAAGAAGCAGGAAUUGCCUCAUACCAAGCAAUUUCGUUUCUUGGAUAAAGCGGCUACCUUGGAUCCUAAAAUGUCUAGUGAAACCACGGUGUUGAACAAAUGGUGCACAUCAACUUUAACAGAUGUGGAGGAAGUAAAGUUGGUGAUCAGAAUGUUACCCAUUUGGGCCACCACAAUCAUGUUCUGGACAAUAUAUGCCCAGAUGACUACAUUUUCAGUCUCCCAAGCCACCACAAUGAACCGCCACCUUGGCAAAUCGUUUAAAAUUCCGGCUGCUUCUCUCACCGCUUUCUUCGUCGGCAGCAUUCUAUUAACCGUGCCAGUCUACGACCGGAUUGUUGUGCCGAUAGCAAGAAAAUUGCUUAGAAACCCCCAAGGUCUCACCCCAUUGCAACGCAUUGGCGUUGGUCUAGUCUUCUCAAUAUUCGCCAUGGUGGCAGCCGCUCUCACCGAAAUCAAGAGGUUGCAUGUGGCACGAUCACAUGGCUUGACAAACGAUCCGACAACUGUGGUUCCGCUGACGGUGUUUUGGUUGAUUCCACAAUUCUUCUUUGUGGGGUCCGGCGAGGCGUUUAUUUAUAUUGGCCAGCUAGAUUUUUUCCUGAGGGAGUGUCCCAAGGGCAUGAAGACCAUGAGCACAGGGCUAUUUUUGAGCACCCUUUCAUUAGGGUUUUUCCUUAGCUCUAUUUUGGUUUCCAUUGUGCACGCAGUAACUGGGGAUAGAAGGCCAUGGCUAGCUGAUAAUCUCAACCAAGGGAGGCUCUACAAUUUCUAUUGGCUUUUGGCAAUUCUAAGCGUUUUGAACUUUUUCUUGUUUUUGGUUGGUGCCAAGUGGUAUGUGUACAAGGACUCGAGGCUUGCUGAGGAGGGUGAGUUGGAGGAAGCAGAGCCUAAUUGUCAUGCAUAAGUGUGUUAGAUAUUUGUAUCUAUUUGUAAACUUACUAUUGGAAUGCUUUUAUGCCUUAGAUGUAAGAGCAACAACACCAGCAUAGGUAAAAGGAGGAUUUCGGUGAAGUAACGAAGCAAAACACAGAAAAUCAAGCUGCAGCAGAUUAGGUAAAAACAAAAUAUUAUUGUUUCUCUCUC